GCUUAUUUGGAGCCUGAUGGUGUGGGGAGCCGUCAGCCUGAAGCUGGCAAGAGUUAGCUACCAGCUGUUUUCACUUCACACCAAGAUUCGGAGAGUGGCUAGGAUCUACUGAAAAGAUUUCACACUUCCCUUUCUUGACAAAAUGAUGUCUUCCAUGGGCGCCCCCAGCCUGUCCUGGAUGCUGCUCUCCUGCCUGAUGCUCCUGUCUCAAGUCCAAGGGGAAGAUUCCCAGAAGAAACUGCCCUCUGCACGGAUCAGCUGUCCGAGAGGCUCCAUGGCCUAUGCGUCCUACUGCUAUGCCUUGUUUACAACACCUAAAACCUGGAUGAAUGCAAACAUGGCUUGCCAGAAGAGAUCCUCAGGAGAACUUGUGUCUGUGCUCAGUGGGGCUGAGGGAUCCUUCGUGGCCGCCCUGGUCAAGAACAACUUGAAAACUGUCUCAGACGUCUGGAUUGGGCUCCAUGACCCCACAGAGGGCUCUGAGCCCAAUGGCAGUGGAUGGGAGUGGAGUAGCACUGAUGUGCUCAAUUACGUUGCCUGGGAGACAGAUCCCUCCACCAGCUCAUCCCCUGGCUAUUGUGGGAGCCUGUCCAGAAGCUCAGACUUUCUGAAGUGGAGAGAUUAUAACUGUUCUGUGAACUUACCCUAUGUCUGCAAGUUCAAGGGCUAAGUCAGAU